AUGAUAACGAGCAUACCAUUUCGAGCCAGCCCAUUGCGAGCUGUUGGCUGUAGCGUCCAGGCGCAGAGAUGGGCAUCGUACGACAAGUCUGCGCUCACGAGAGACGCAUUGAAACACAAAGUCGAAUCGGGCCUCAGGGCCGGUAACGGCGAUGCUACUCUGCUUCUAAACACGGAGGAAAAGACUAUAUCCACGGCUACAGGCGAUUUACCACUUUCUCCCCUCUUUGAUCCCGACUGGAUAAAGGCGCGCCGACGGUCACGAAAGCACAGUCCAAGCAGGCCUACGGGUAGAUUUAGGAAGAAGUUGGCCAAUAAUCCGUACGCCCAAGCUCUCGCGACUCCGAUACGCCGAUGCCCCAAUACUGCAGUCUUCUUGCCGAGGUACUUUUUCCAAGACUUUGAGCUUGUCAAGCAUCCGCAAGACGACUCGCCGUGGUGGGCUCCGGGUCCUCUGGCAUUUGAAGACCUCGUGUACGAAGAGAAACCCCCAAAAGAUGAAAUCCAGAGUGCAGACUCGGAGACGGCGGUACCACAGGCCCAAACAUUGGGCGCCGACAAUCACGCCUCUGCAGCCGCUUCAAGCACGCGUCCAAGACGAAGUCCAGUUACAAGCUACGCCCUGUCUCGAAAAUCAGUCAUAGACAGGAUUGGUGGCCCAAACAGAAAGAAUGCGGCUCUACUUCUAGCCACGCGAACCGGCAUGGCCACAGGGCCAAACACCAAAAACCCAGUCUGGAGGCAAGACAUGGGUGAUGUUCUUUUACGAAUGAUGCGACGUCGGGCCGUCGAUGCUCUGGUUUUUCAAUCCGGAAUGAAUGGGUCGGGGCAGGAAAAACUCAUCCAGCCUUGCAAGAAGUGGGAUGAAAUCAAAGAGGUCCGGCCUCGUGGAUGUGUGCUGUGGUUACCAAGUAAAGAGGAAUCGUGUGCUCAGUACGCGACACUGGAUCUUGACGGCGCAAAGUAUGGAAGCAAACUCACGGUGCAUAAUUUGCACUGGCUUCUCGGAGAGGCUGAGCUUGCAAGACUGAGAGGUGCAUCCAAACUGUUUCAUGAGAAUGGAAUUCUAGUUUUGAAGCAGUGGAAGCGGAAGUUCAUCUAUGGCAUAAGCAUUCCAUACUUUUACAGCCGAGAGGCGUUUGAGGGAUCUCUCGCAGGUCUCGGGGAGUUGUAUACCGCGUGGAUACGAACGGCAGUAACAGAGCGAGUCUUUCCUAUCCGGAAAUCAAGUGACGGGCGUGUCCAGGUCUACUUGGGCGGAUGGAGUCUCGGCGGCAUGCUCAGCUUAGAAGUCGCCAGGCGCCUCGCCGACGAUGACGGCAUCAAAGUCGUCGGUAUCCUCAUGAUUGUCACAAUAUAUCCCUGUGGCCCCAAACGGACUACAACGACCGAAUUCCCCAGCAAUAUGGCGGAAUCUGGCCUCACAAAGAACGAGAUCCUGUCGAGGAGGUGCAUGGUGCGGGCGAGGCGCAUGGUUGGCGGGUGGGAGCUGCCGAUCUGGGAUGGAGACGAUGCGGAUACGCGGCCCAAGAGCGUGCUUCUGCGAGCCAAACAGCGAUUGCCGACGGCAGCCAGUCCACUUGGAUCCAGUGAAUUGGAUACAUGCCGCGCAGAUAAGAAGCUUGGAUGGAGGCGGUAUGACAAGAACAUGCUUGCCGACGUGUUUCCCGUGACGGGCACCAUUUCGACUUGUUUAGUUUGGACAGGGUCGAGGAAACCACCAAGGCUGUGA